AGGGGAGACAAUCAGUGGAGAUUCUGAAAGGUAUGCUAGUUCUGCUAUUGACCGUCAAGGAAGCACAUCCAUGAGGAAGUCUUUCCACUACGCUUCCCUGAGAGUAAAAACCAAAAAAUGGUCCAAAGGGAGUUCUCUGACCAGUGGGAGUAGGAGGCGGAUUUCCUGCAAAGAUCUGGGGCAUGGAGAUUGUGAGGGCUGGCUGUGGAAGAAAAAAGAUGCCAAAGGUUACUUUACACAAAAAUGGAAAAAAUACUGGUUUAUUCUGAAGGAUUCUUCACUAUACUGGUACACAAACCAGAAUGAUGAAAAAGCAGAAGGAUUCAUCAGUUUACCUGAGUUCAGGAUAGAUAGAGCCAUCGAAUGCAGAAGGAAACAUGCCUUUAAAGCAUGCCACCCCAAAAUUAAAAGCUUCUACUUUGCGACUGACUGUCUUGAAGAAAUGAAUAGAUGGAUGAAUCGUCUGGGUCUUGCAGCCAUUGGUUACACACCUGAUGACAAGGAAAUUCGUCCAGAUGAAGAUUACUGGAGUGAAAGUGACCAGGACGAUAUUGACGGCUCUUUAACUCUGAAACAGGAAGGCUCCUCAACAUUGGGUGACACCUAUCAUCGAACACCCUCGGUGAAUUCUUCAAGUCCAUUCCCUGAACCCAAACAUGGCCGACAUUUUUCAAGUGAAUCAACUUAUUCUCAUUCUUCUGCGGAGGACUCCCGACAAGAUGCCACAGGAAGUACACAUUCAUCAGGAUGCAGGCCUUCCUACCGAGAAAGGCGCUCAUGGCAGGACCUUAUAGAGACCCCUUUAACCAGUUCAGGGCUCCAUUUUCUUCAGACUGUUCCUCCUGACUCAGAAUACAUAAGUGGUCGACCUGGAAUGUCACCAGAUAAGCGAAGACAAGCAACAUUACCAGUCCAAAGACGUCACAACCAUGAACGGGAUGGGCCUUUCCCACUAGUGGAAUGUCAGAGAGGACAUAGUUCUCAAAGUAGGCCUCAGAAACAACGUAGUCAGAGUCUUCCGCGAAACAGAGAUGUCAGGAGCAAGGGAUGUGUAAAGUCUGCAGGAAUAUCAGAAGAGAUGCCAGAAGAGAAACUUCUUAUUAAAAGGCAAAAUAGUUUCUGUAAUGAAGAAAAUACAAAGGAAAUACAAGAAAGUACAGAUGGUCUGCAACAGUUGUACAGGUCUUUGGAACAAGCUAGCUUGUCAGCCUUUGGAGAACAGCGACCCUCCACCAAGCAGGAAUUCCGUAGGUCUUUUGUAAAGAGGUGCAAUGACCCAAUUGUCAAUGAAAAGCUUCAUCACAUCAGAGUUCUCAAGAGCACUUUAAAAGCAAAGGAAGGAGACCUGGCAAUUAUCAACAACGUUCUGGAUGAUCCCAGCUUAACAUCAAAGAAAUUUAAAGAAUGGAAACUACAAAACUAUGAAUUCUUCCUGGACAUUUGUGAGUACAGUGCUGCUCUGAAAUCUCAAAAUGGAGCCUCUGAACUUGCAACCCCAGCACCACUGCUGACACACACACAUUCAUUCAUUGAAACGCACGUCUGACAGGACUAGCAGCUAAACACUUGUUGAGUGCCAUGAAAAAUCUAAUAAGACAAACACUGUAAUAUUUGUAAAUAAUGUACUCAGCAGUAUUGUAAAUAAGUUGGAUAAGAGAAUAGUGCCACAGGAUGCCUACUACAUUGCAUGAUAAAACAGUAAUAUUCUGUUCUGGAUUAUUUUUGUUUGCUAUUAUCUGCCAACAUGCGUAUCGAGCUCUGCAUUAGAAAGAAGCAGUACAGAAGUGUAAAUGAAAAGAAAUAGCAGUAUAUUUACUUACGUACUGUACUAAAGCUAAGCUUAUAAUAAUGAGCUCCUACAAUCAUUUUAUAUAUUUAGAUAUAUAUAUAUAAUAUAAACAUAUCUAUGUAUAUAAAAUGUGUAACAUGAUAGUUUAUAUUUAUUUUUUAAAAUACCCUAAAAUUUACAUCUUCAAAAGCUUUUCUUCAAAGAAAUACAAAACAAAUAAAAAUACUUUGGCCAGUCUUAAGACUCUACAUUUAUUUUCUCAACAUUCCCAAACAGUGACAGCUACCAUCUUUGAAAUCAGACCAAACCAGUAUCAUUAAAAAGUAAACUUAACCCUUUUAAUGUGCCUUAAAAGUAGGGUAUAAACCCAGCAAAUAUUGUAAUUUGGCCCUGUGGACAUACUGUACACACCACUUAUGCUGUGCUGUGUGUAAAAUAACUUCCUGCCUUUAAUAGGAGUGGCCUCAGACAUGUAAGUAUGGCACAGAAGAGGUUAAGAUACAAGUAAAACAAAGCCGGUUGUCCCCUGAUACAAAUCUUGAAAUGCCUUUUAAUUGAAUCUGACAUAUUUCAUGCAAAAGAAAAACCGUAUUUUUUUCUGAAAAUGGUAGCUGUUGCAAUUUUCAUAAUUUCUUCACUGUGAAUUUAGUGCCACAAACCUGUGAGUCUCAAAAUGUAGACAUUAUUUUCUGAUGCUUUAAGGCUGAGAGUUAAGUAAAAAAAAUCUGAACUAAUCAGUUCUUUUGUAUACCAGUCUAUCAUAUACAGCUGGGUAAAUAAUUCUUAUUCACUAUUCAAAAUUCACUAAAUUUCUGUGAAUAAUUCUUUAUGGAUAGUUCAUUAACAAGGUAAUUGCAGCUAUUCAGUGCAAUAUUUGAGGUUCAAUCUGUAUUGAUU